CACACAGCAACAGUUUCUGUUUUUACCGAGGACUCUGUUACCGCAUGCGAGCGGUUGGGAAUACGCCGCGAAUUCUGCAAGGGCCAACACGCACUGAACGGAGCUAUGGCGCCCUGGUCUUUGCCCCUUUCGUCUCUUCUGAAACACACGGACUGUCUGCUGAGAGCGAAUAUUUUCUUUAAUGUCCUGCAUGGUUUACACCACCACACCUUCAGGUCUCGCUUAUGGAAACGGGAUUUCAGAGCGGUGUCUCGGGGAGUCGGUCAACUGCUGUCACACCAGCCCAGAGGCAAAAAAUGCGCCGCAUCUGUUUGUACCAGCUCCGUAGACGGUCAGGACACGACAGAGAGGCUGUGGUCUGUUUACAGUGAGACCAAAGACAGACUGAAGGAUCUGAUCUCUGUUAUAUCUGCUAACUCAGUCGACCCAGACACUAUUUUUGCCAACAAUGAGAUGAGCCUUCGAGACAUAGAGAUCUACGGGUUCGACUAUGACUACACCCUGGCAUUCUACUCUAGCCAUCUCCACACCCUCAUCUUUAACAUAGCACGGGACAUUCUCGUGACUAAACACCGGUACCCAGAGGGUCUGCGGAAGUAUGAGUACAUUCCAGAUUUUGCUGUAAGGGGACUUCACUAUGACGUCCAGAAGGCAUUACUGAUGAAGAUAGAUGCUUUUCACUAUAUCCAGUUGGGAACUGUAUACAGAGGUCUUCAUCCAGUUCCUGAUGAAGAAGUAAUCGCCAUGUAUGAAGGUUGUCAUGUACCUCUAGAGAUCAUGAGUGACUUCUAUGGCAAGAGUACACAUGGCCAUACAAUGAAGCAGUUCAUGGACAUAUUCUCCCUGCCUGAGAUGACUCUUCUAUCGUGUGUCAAUGACUUCUUCAUGAGGCAUAAUAUCGACUAUGAGCCAGUCCAUCUCUACAAAGACGUAAAGGAAGCAAUUAGAGAUGUUCAUGUCAAGGGCAUAAUGUACCGAGCUGUGGAGGCGGAUAUUGGGAAGUACAUUUGCUAUGGUGAGCAAAGCCACGCUGUGCUGAAGAAGCUGUCAGCGCAUGGAAAAAAGAUGUUCCUCAUUACCAAUAGCCCUUUUGACUUUGUGGACCGAGGAAUGAACUACAUUGUAGGAAAGGACUGGAGGGACCUGUUUGAUGUUGUCAUUGUUCAGGCUGAUAAACCCAGUUUCUUCAAUGACAGGAGGAAACCUUUCAGGCGAGUGACAGACAAAGGUGCGCUGCUGUGGGACAGAAUCCACAGGCUGGAGAAAGGGCAGAUCUAUAAACAGGGAAACCUUUAUGAAUUCCUCAGGCUCACUGGCUGGAGAGGGUCCAAAGUACUCUACUUUGGCGAUCACAUCUACAGUGAUUUGGCAGAUCUGACACUGAAACAUGGCUGGAGGACGGGUGCCAUCAUUCCUGAGCUGAGGAAGGAGAUUAAGAUCAUGAACACAGCGGAGUACGUCCACACCAUGACCUGGUUACAGGCACUGACUGGACUUAUUGAACAGAUGCAGGUACAUAGGGAUCCAACAUCUCGAGCUGUGGUCGAGGAGUGGAUCAGAGAAAGAGAAGCCAUGAAGCCUCAGACCAAGGACAUCUUCAACGCUCAGUUUGGGAGUCUCUUUCGAACAUACCACAACCCCACUUACUUCUCACGCCGACUCUCACGCUUCGCUGACAUCUACAUGGCCUCCAUCAGCUGCCUGCUCAACUACGACUUCCAGCACACCUUUUUCCCUCGCCGUACUCCUCUGCAGCACGAAGCCCCCUUCUGGCCUGAACACAGUUCUGCUGGCUUAAGCGUCUCUUCUCCAGCGCCACAGGACCAAAACAGAGUGAUUAGCGACAGAAACACAGAGUAAAAAAAAACAAAAAAACAUGGAGACUGAAUCACCUCCAUCAUUCAUUUAUUUAACUUUAUUUUUGUUUUUUUAAGCUUUGGGUUACUGUAUUUUAGAGGCAUGCCACAUUUCAAAAUGAGCUCCUGGUAACAGUUAAUGUAAACUGUUUAUGAUAUUUAUGCUUUAAACUAUGAAUUUAUGACAUUGUAAAACAUGAAGUCUUAAGAAGUUGAUUUUUGUGUUUGAUAAAAUUGUUUGAUUAUACAAAUAAUCAAACAGUGACUGCCCCGUUUUUUUUUUAUGCAAUAUAAACAACAGGGGGCAGUCACGCAUCAUGUUUUUCUUAUUUCUGAGCUAUGAAUUGUAAACAAAUCAUCUUUGCCUUUUUCGUCCUUUGCAUUUGUUGGUGUAAUGGCUAUUUACAGUUACAUUACAGACUGUGUUGCCUUAAUCCCUUGUUCACGUUACUGCAGUAUUUUUCUUUUUUGCAACAGCCUGAUAUAAGUUAUUGCAAUUAGCUUUUUAAAAAAUUUGCCAGCCACACUCUCCGUUAAUGUCAUUAUUUGCUGCACAUUGUGAUGCAAACUGCACUUUGAUGUUCUGAGACCUUUAAUAGUUUUAGCAGUUUUCACCAAGCACAGCAUGUAUGUCUCAUUUUAGCAGAUGAGAAAUGUUCAUAUUUCUCAGGAAAAAAAAAAAGAUCAUUUCUAUAUUUAGAUUGAAUGUUUCUUUUUGAUGUGAGAAAGAAGCAGCGUUUGGGUUUGUUAGGUCUGACGCUUUUGCAGGAAAUGAGUGAAAUGUUUUCACUUGUGCUCAAACUGUGGAUAUAUUUGAUAUUUGAGCUGGAGUUUUUAAUACAAUUUCAAAAAGGGAAUAUCAAAGGGAAAAAUAACAGUGGCCACAACCAUGACCUCAUAAUUUGUGUCUGUAGUUUAAAUUAUGUGUUCAUGAAGUGUUUACUGAGGGUUUAUUUCAUUAUUUAUUAAACUGGAUAUGGCUUGAUCCUAA